UCAGAAUCUUCUGGGUCAUGUGACUACACCCGCACCAAUGGUAUGAGCUUCUGGCACUUCUUUAAAAGCAUCCGUGCUUGAUCGCGGAGCGCCCGCUGUUUGUUUUUGCUUCAAGGUACCUAUAACAACCUCAAAUCGGAUGCCAGUAUGAUUGGCAGGUGGCCACACCUCCUGUCAGUGUCACUGGCACUGCUGUGGGCGUGUUCAGUGUGGGCGGGAUCAGACUGCAAGUCUGUCAUCAUUGAGACUGAUAGUCGUGUGGCAGAGCAGGAGCAGCAGCGCAGCCUGCAUGCACUGUUUGAUAAGUAUGGCCAGAACGGGAGUAUUACUUUGGAAGGCUUGUACAACCUACUUAAGGGGGUGGGGCUGGACCGCAUCCGAAAAGUGAUGGUGCAUCACCAUGGAAACGCGAACAAUCAUACUCACUCGCAUUCUCGCGUACAUUCCCACAUGGACAAACUCGUGACACACGAGCAUCCUGUCACCAGCAAGAAGGUGGGUGGCGACCAUAAUGUGGAGAAGAGUGAACCUGUCCCAAAAGUGCAGUCUGACCCUGCCGCUGGAAAGAAAAGCCAGUCGGAUGCACACCACAAUCUCAACAUAAAAAUGAAUCAGGAAUUGACCACACCUUUUACCACGCCAUCCGUCAUCACGAAAAUACGACGAAUCGAGCGUAGCGCAGAUGAUGAUUUAACCCAGAACCACACCACGUUUAAUUCCACCCAGCCCAAUGUAACACACGCUAACCACACCCAUCAGCAAGAGGACACACCCACUCAUGUACACGAGGAUGACCAUGAUGAGCAUGAACAUGGACAUCCCAGUCUGGAGUGUCAGAAUGCCUCCACAAUCCUCCAUUCUCAUGGCAUGAUAAAGGAAGUGGGUCUGUCUGUCAGCGACUUUGCUUACUUGUGCCCUACUCUUCUUAUGCAAAUUGAUUCUGAGUCCUGCCUUCUGCAUGACAGUGACCAAUCAGAUCAUAACCAUCAUCACCACAAUCCGCGUAAUCACACCAUUAAGAAUGUCUCUCUUAAAGUUGCUUGGAUAGGAGGGUUUAUCUCCAUCACUUUAAUCAGCUUGCUGGCGCUGGUGGGCGUGGUUUUGAUCCCGCUGAUUAACAAAGUUUGCUUCAACUUCCUGCUAAGCUUCUUGGUGGCCCUCGCAGUGGGCACUCUCAGUGGAGAUGCGUUCCUUCAUCUCAUACCUCAUUCACUGGGUCAUCCACAGCACAGCCACUUAGAGCAUCAUAACCACGGAGAAGAGACGGAGGAGGAUUAUCUUCGGCCAGUGUGGACGGGAUUGACCGCACUGAGUGGAGUCUACAUUAUGUUUCUUAUAGAGCACUUCCUGACCCUUGGCAAAAUGUAUAAAGACAAAAAGCAGAAGAAGAGGGGUGAACUGGCCGCAGAAGUUUUGGAGACCGAAAAGUUGCCAUCACUAGAAGACAUUGACGUCAAAAUACUUGAUGGUGCUGAAACGAAUGGUGGUGGUGCGUGUGGGCGGGGUAUUGCAGAGGAAGAGGAAGUGAUGCUGGAGACGGAGCUCUACACUGAUACGGAUUGUGAAAACAAAUGCCACUCCCACUUUCACGAUACCGUUGGCCAGUCGGACGAGCAGCAUCAUCAUCACCAUGACUACCACCACAUACUGCAUCACCAUCACUCUCAGAACCACCACCCUCACACGCACACGCAUAGACACACGCAUUCCUACUCGCUUCAACACUUCCAGCAGGCUGGCGUGGCUACUCUUGCUUGGAUGGUCAUCAUGGGGGACGGACUACAUAACUUCAGUGAUGGACUUGCCAUAGGAGCAGCUUUUACAGAAGGGUUGUCAAGUGGCCUUAGUACUUCAGUUGCUGUAUUUUGUCAUGAGCUUCCUCAUGAGCUGGGUGAUUUUGCGGUCCUGCUGAAAGCGGGUAUGUCAGUACGUCAGGCCAUUCUUUACAAUCUGCUGUCUGCCCUAAUGGGAUAUCUGGGCAUGAUUACAGGAAUUCUGAUUGGUCAUUAUGCAGAAAAUGUUGCCAUGUGGAUCUUCGCUCUGACGGCUGGGCUUUUCCUGUAUGUCUCCCUCGUAGACAUGGUACCUGAAAUGUUACACAAUGAUGCGGGUGAAGCAGGCUUCAGCCACUACGGUUUCUUCCUCUUGCAGAAUGCUGGAAUUCUCCUGGGUUUUGGAAUCAUGCUGCUCAUUGCAGUUUUUGAACAUAGGAUACAACUGGACAUUGGCUUCUGACCUCACAAUAAUAACUCCAAAAACGCCACUCCAUUUAAAAAACAUUAACAAUUAUAAAGCUGCUUCUUCACCUGUACCCCACCUAAACCACUCGUUGGCAUGCUUAAAAUCUCAUCUAGUCUAUUGACGGGUGACAGCAGCUCGAUAACCACCAUCAAUUAUCAUUUCAUUUGUAGUACGUGGACAUAUAAAACAGCAUUUUAAGUAUUGACUGUUAUAGUUUCAGUAUAAAAGAAUUUGAACCACAUUCAGAAUGUGGAUUUUGUGUUACACCGUGUUGUACAGUAUUUAAAGUAAGUGUCAUACAAGUGUUGUUUUGUUCAUUUUGCACAUGCCGUCUCUGCUACAUUCCAGUAAAAAUGUUCUGUGUGUCCCAGUGA